UCGUUCAAUCUUACGGCUCUCCAUCUCUGCUUACACAACAAAGUGUGCGCCCCAGGCCCAUAACCUACUCACCAGCAGAAGGGCGGCAGCAGUAACAAGCAAGGGGGCCUUCAUUAACAGAAAAGAGCGUGUAGGGGGGGGUUGCAUGUAUGGAAACGGCCUCCGUGCGGCAUAUGUACGGCAUGUACAUGGCUGACACUUCUACCCACGAGAUAGCCGCAGUCGGAGGAGGAGGAGGAGGGAGAAGAUCAGAAGGAGGGGGCGGGGGUAGUACGGCCUGGUUCUCCUUCUCCACCAAGGUGGCUGAGGCCGGAGCGGAGGCCAUGGCUUCCAAGGCGGACAGGCUGAAGCAGAAGGCGCUGUCCGUGGUGGACACGGUUCAGACGCUGUCCUCCGGCACCGACAGCAGCAACUCUUGUACCAUCACGGUCAAGAGCUCUCCCCCCCGCACGGCGGCGGAGAUGACGAAGCUCUCCGUGAGGCGAGGCUGGAUGUUCAAGAAGAACAAGCAGGGCGCGUGGCAGCGGCGGUACUGCUGCCUCGUGCCGCACACCUUCCUCUACUACUUUGAGUCUAAGGACGCAGAGGUCCCGAGAGGGGUCAUCGACCUAGACCCUUACACCAAUAUCGGGGUGGACCAGAGGACCGGCGCCAUCGUCCUGGGACCCGGGGGGUCGUGGACCGCGGCAGGGCAAGGACUCAGGAAGUUUUACUUCAAGCCGGAAGAAAGACGAGUGAUGAGGGCGACAGCGGCGGAUGGGGCCGGCGCAAACGUCACCGCCGUUGCGGAGGCGGAUGGUGAAGGCGGGGGCUCCGGGGUCGCGAAGAAGGGGGACGGGGUGGGGGGCGAGGUCGUCGGCGAGUGGCUGUCCGGGCUGCACCGGGAGCGGUACAAGGUGGUCCGGGACGAGCGGGACGCCUACAUGAACCUGCAGGAAGAGUACAUGUCCCAGAUGCAGGACACCACGUCCGCCAAGACGGAGGCGGAGAAGGAGCGGUGUCGGGUGCUGCAGGGCCUCCAGGCGGAGCACGCGGCCGCGAGAGCGGCCGCCAGGGAUGGACUGGAGCAGGCGCGAGCGCUAUUCCGGGACGAAGAGUUGCCGCCGGAAGACGCGGAGUCUCUCCCUCUGCCGGCCCUGCUGGCCAGGGUGAGGGCCGUGGCGUCCGAUCGGCGGUGCCGGCAGGCUCGGCUGGAGGUGGAGCUCGCCGCCGCGCUUAACGCUCUCGCGGCCGCCAGGAGGGAGGAGGGGGAGAGCCGGGGCGUCGCGGAACAGCUGCGUGCGGAGGCAGGGGAGGCGUCGGCAAGAGCCACGAAUGCCGAGGCUCGGGUGGAGCGUGCGGAGGAGGAAGCGACUCGCGAGAGGGGGCUCCGUGCGACCGCAGAGGCAUCGCUAGAGGCAUGCAAGGACCGCCUCGAGGCGAUCAUGGUGGACGUGGAGCAGGGUCAGGUGAACCUGGGCAUCAUGGCGGGGGAGAGGCGCGCGGCGGUCGCGAAGGUCGCGGAGCUCUCCGAGCAGAAGCGGUUGCUGGUGCGAGAGGUGAAGCUGUCCCGGCGUUCCCUGGCGGAAGCGUCCUCGGUGAACCGGCGCCUGGUGCGGGCGUACGAGUCGCUGGAGCAGUCGCUGCGGACAACAACGUCGUCACUGGUGCCGUCGUCGUCGUCGUUCUCGAAGGAAGCCCCUCCGCCGCCGCCGUCGGCAUCAACAACAGCAACGUCUGCUGCAACCGCGGACGCUGCUGCCGCUGUUUCAAUCAACGGCGGUUGCAGUGCCGCUGCUGCCGCCCCCUCCCCCUCCGACGACGGCGCGUGCGAUUCGGGGAAGGCCGUAGGAACGGCCGCACCAGUGGCAGCAGCGAGGGCUGCGGGGGAGAGGGCGGUUUCAGAUUCCAGCACCAACGGCGGGGGUGCUGGUCUCGCAGCCAACCCCAUCCCGUUGUUGCGGCCGGGGACCCGGGAGGAGGAGGCUGCUUGGGCGGCGGCGGCGGCGGCGGGUGCUCCGGUGUCCCCCGUCGUGGAAGGCUUGCUUGCCGGCGGCGGCGGCAGCGGCGGCGGAGGAGGAGGGGUUGGGGGAGGGGGAAGACGAGAAGAGUGGCGGGAGGCGCGGCUCGAUGGUACCGCCGUCGAGGCCGGUCGUCGAAGUCGCGGCGGCAGCGUGGGAGGAGGAGGAGGAGGCAGAGGAGGGGGAGUAGGGAGGGGGAGCACGGGCAGCUGGCACGGGGCACGGGAGGGCUCGGCAACGGGGCCGGGACUGAUGAUGCAGUUCAGGAACCUGUCCACCGGGGACGUGGACGUGCUCGUUCCCCCAAGCGAGAAACCGCGGGGGCGGGCGUCGACAGAGAGCGGAGGCGGGCCCCCCGUCGAAUCACGGGCCCCGGCUGCUACCUUCGAGCCGCACUCCUCCAACUUGGGCCUGAAGAUCACUCAGACGUUUGCGGCGGCGAGCUGGCCCUGGGCGCCCAAGUCUAGCACCGAGGCCCGCGCUGCGGCCGCCGCAGCUGCUACUCCUGCUGCGGGCACCGGUACGGCUGCAAGUGGGAGCUCGACUGCUGUUGGGGCUGGCGAUAGCGCAGGCGCGAGAGGCGGAAGAAGCGGCAGCGGUAGUAGCAUCAUCAGCGGUGGGUCCGCGGGAGCCGGCGUUGGAGAGGCCACUGCCGGAGGCAGCGGGGACAGCUGUGGUUCCGAUGCCCGGGACGGAGAAUCCGCUGCUGCUACUGCCGGCUCUGCUGCUGUCGACGCUGCGGGAGCUGGGAGCGGGGGCCGUGGCGGGGGCGGGGGCGGGGGCGGCUAUUCCGCGUUCGUGGGGGCCUUCGAGGGCGUAAUUUGUUCCAUGGGAAGCAGCGGCGGUGCUAGAGACGGACAGACGGUGGUCCCUUCCCUUGUUCUUGACGAAGACGACGACGACGACGGAGAUAGCGGCGGCAGUUGCGGCGGCGGCGGGCAGCUACCCUCUGAUACCGUUACCGAUGUUUGUGGCUUGGAUGGUGGGAGACCACUCGCGGCUCGUUGGGGCGGUAGUGGCGAGGUUGGCGGGGAGGUUGCUGCUGGCGGGCGAGCGGUCCCUCGAAGAAGCGUGGGGGCGUUGGUGUGCCGCAGGUGCGGGGGCACGGCGGAAGGCCCCCAGAACAGCACCUGCACGUGCUCGGUGCCGGAGUUGGGCACGGGCGGCGCGGAACCGUUAGACAGGGAUGAGACUCAGGCCACCGCCGGGCUCUCUAAGCUGAAGGGGGUCUUCAAGUCCUUCAAUGGGGGAGUACAGGUGGCGCGGCAGAUGCUGGACACAGCUGUGCGACAGAACGUGGCGCACAAUGUGCCCCCGGCGGUGGCCGCACGGUCGUCGUUGGGAGGUGACCGUCGCCCGAGCCUUUCGUCUUCGGUGCGUGUCGAAGCAGCGGGUAGUAGUGGCAGUGCUGCUGCUGCUACUGCUGCUGCUACUGCUGCUACUGCUGCUACUGCUGCUGCUGCUGCUACUGAUGCUGCUGCUCCAGCUCGAGCGUCUGCGGUAUCCGGUGUUGAUAGCAUUGAUGCGACCGCUGGAGAUCGUACUGGUGGUGAUAGUGUUGCGGCUGCUGCUGUCAUUGUUUCUCCUGCUUCUGAGGACAAUACUGUUCGCGGUGAUGGUGCUGGUGAUGGUAACAACGGCGGUGCUGCUGCCGGUGCUGCCACUGCCGUUGGUGCUGGUGCUGCUGGUGCUGCCACUGCUGAUGCCAUUACUGAUAAUCCCGAUGGUGGUGAUGACGCCGGUUAUGUUGCUCCCGGUGAUGGGGAUGACCCCAGUGAUUGUGGCAGCAACAGCAGCGGUGCUGCGACUCCUGCUGCUGUUUCCACCAUUUCUGGCACUCCAGGUGAUGGUGAUGACGCCGGUGGCAGUGACGGCGAUGGCGUUGCCACGGGUGCUCCCGCUGUGGUCGCCGCCGGCAUCCUUGCUGUCGGUGAGGAUGACGAAAACGCGGGAGAGGAAGCGGGAGCGGAGAAAGAAGAGGCGGAGAUAAGAACAGGUGGAUCGGGCGAGAACGACGCCGAUGGCGGCGGUGUCCUUGAUAACUCCCCUAGUCCCGCCGAAGACGACGGGGGUGACGCGGACUCGAACCCUGGAGGGGAUAUCAAAGCCACCGCGGCGGGAGCUCCGGAAGCGUUCAUCGAGCAUGCUGCCGGUGUUGGCAGUGAUGAUGCCACCGACGUUGCUGCGGAAGCACGAGCUGGAGCAGCAGCAUCGCUAGCAGCAGCGGCGGCAGCAGCAGUAGUGGUCCCAGCAGAAGCCGCGACAGCUUCCGCAGAACAGCGCGAAGGACAAGAUGUGGCCACGCAACAGCGGCCCAAGCCGAAAAAAUCUGGGAGACGAGGGCGUCGAGAACGACGGCGAUGACGAGGAAAGCUGCGCCAAGGGUGGCAAGACUCCCGCCGAGCUCGAGUGUCCGAUGCCCGCGUCGCGCAAGGGGAAAGAAGUAGGCGUUGCUGCUGUCUGGUGAGCGGUGGGUGCCCGUGUAUGGAAGUACGACACUGCGGCCCAACUGGGGUCCUUUUACUUGUUGUUGGUGUUAGCCGCAAUCCGUUGGUACUAGGUAGAGUAUUUUGGUGCUUGGAUUCGGUAUUUCUCGUUGAUCCCGGCGACUGAGUGGAUGAAAAACUGGGAUGGAGAACGUGGUAGCAUUUCGCCUUAUUCGUGAUUUGAUGAGUAUGUUCCUUGCGUGAAAAAAUAUUCGGGGUUUCGUGGUCACAUUUCUUGUGCUGUUUUGGCGUAGGUGGCACUCGAUGGGCGGCCUGAUUUGUGUUCAGUUGCUAAAGCUCUGGCCUCCGCUUUCCCAUGGGGUUCACCUAUUGAGUGUACAUACAAAUCAAAUACAGUAGAAGCCUCCACUCUGCAGGCGCCAAACCAGAACCGCAGGGACCGGCGAGCGGAUUGCAUUGUGCGGUGCCCCCGGAUGAACCCACAUGGGAAUUAUUUGGUUAAUUGUGUAGUGCUUGCAAGAGAGCAGGUCGUGGAUCCUUGCACACACUCGUUGUCGAGCAGUUGGAGGCUGGAUAAACGUCUUGGUGUGGGGUGGGAGGUGUUCGAGGCUAACUCACACCUUGUUAGAAUCGCAGGUGGAUUCCUUCCAACUACGUACGGGUCGUCGACGCCCGUCACACCAGGCAGCCUUUCAGUUUUUGGUCGUGAACGUGGCUGUUACAUGCUCCUGUGAUAAACGUGUAUGUCCGCCGCACGCACCUCUUCUUCAGGAAGCGAUUGUGGCGCCGAACUAUGGAGGAUUCCCAAGGAGUAGUUGAUGCGGGAUGAUAGGAUUGUGUUACUGUAUGUUGCUGUCAGCUAUGCGUUUGUGUCCGAGGAUACAGUCCGGCUCCUUCUUGUGCGGCUUGGAAACGGUAGACGCGAGGGUUGGUUGGCAUGAGUUGCUCGGGGGGCAGCAGCAGCAGCGGCACAGAUCUCGGUAGUCGUUCCACGUGUCGUGGUGAUGGACGUCUGCAUAGAUUGGUUGAGGGCCCAGCCCAGCCGAAACGACAGGAGUCGGUACGGUACAGAACGAGCGGAAAGAUGGCAACACUUCUUCGAAGCGUGACCAGCUGUGUGUUGAAAGGAAGGGACGAUUUGCCUCCGGCCAUGUGGUGGCGUUGAAAAUGAAGCCAAGGAUGUGUGCCCUCGUGUGCGCUCUCGUCGCGCACGAACGGCCUCGGUAAAAUGUUGCCUGCGCCUCAG